UUCAAAUAUAAAUGUGAACAUAAAUAUAUAUAAUAAAUGAAUUAAUUAAUUAUUAAAUUACUAAUAAAAUAAUAAAUCUCUCAAUAACGGACCCCAUUUACUAAUUUAGGUCUAUUUAAUAAACCAACCACCCUCUCUCUCUUUCCCCGCUCUUCAACUUUGCCUUUUGCUCUGCAACACGCCCAGCCGCACGCUCCGCACCCACAGCUUGAUUUUGCCCUCAUCAUGGCUGCCGACGUCGGCUCUCUGGUUCGGGUCCUGGGAAACUACGGCGACGAUCGCAACCAUUUUCGUCAUCAUCAGGCGGCCCCGAACGGAGGAUCGAGCGGUACUGGUGGGGAGGGAACGGCCCUGAUCACCCGGGAUUUCCUUGGUGGCUCCUCCUCCUCCGGCGCUGAGGCUCAGGAGUUGGACCUCGAUUUGGAGGUCCCUACUGGAUACGAAAAGCGUCUCGACUUGAAGUCAGGGAAAGUGUUCCUACAGAGAUGUAAUUCUCCAAAUUCAUCAACCUCAUCAUCAGAACCCAAGCAUCAGACCAACAAAGCAGUUCGAAAGUUUCAAGACUUGAACUUCCCUCCAUCUCCACCCAAGCCGACCGCGUUAGCUCUGUUUGAAGAAGCCAAUUUAGACCUCAAGCUGGUUCCGUCAUCAUCUUCGUCAUCAUCAUCAUCUGGUUACCAGAGUGUUUGCACACUAGAUAAAGUAAAAUCUGCACUAGAAAGAGCAGAGAGACAGUCAACGAUUAAGAAGCUAUCUCCAUUGACAAUGCGGUCCAAAUCGACAUCGCCUUCGCAGAAUUCAUCAUCUUCGGUUAGAGAAAGCGAGGAGCACUGCGAAGAGAAAUCACUAUCAUCGUCAUCAUCGCCAUCUGCCGGGUUGUUGUUUGCAGCUGGUUGCCCAAGUUGUCUGCUGUAUGUGCUGAUAUCAAAGAGCAAUCCCAAAUGCCCCCGCUGCCAUAUAGAUGUUCCUUCACCUACGUGCAAGAAACCUCGACUUGAUCUUAACAUAUCAGUAUGAGAAAUUUCAGAAUUAGUGAGUUUUGACUUUGUGAAUGAUAUAGAUGGAUUAGGGUUGCUAGAAAGAAAUUUGAUAAAGGGGCUUAUGUUUUUUUAUUUUUAUUUUUUUGAAGUUUUUGGGUCAUCUUUGAUGAUAUGGCUAUUAUACUACAUACCAAGAUACUGCUGUGUAUUGCUAGUUAUGUUUACUUUUUCUUUCUUUUUUCAAGUUUGCUAGGCCCCUACAAAUUGAAAUAUUUUUAUAGAAAUUUUGUAUUGCAGUAUAGUUGUAUAUAUGGAGAAUUUCUGGAGUA